GAAGCAACCAACUGUUGAUGUAGUUUGAAGAGAGGAAGCUGAGCAGGAGGGGCUUCAGUCAGUAAAUGUAGCUGUUCUGUAUGUCACUCAGCUAGAUCACACCUUUGGAGUUCACAGUAGUGGAGCACCAGUGUUUCUGCAGAUGCUUGCAUUUCAGAUUUCUGCUAUUCGUUUUAUAGUGUGGACCCUAGAGAGAGCAAAUGCGGUUUUAGUUUUAGAUUUUAGUUUUUGGUUUUGAGCACUUGAUGCCCGGAAGUACAUAUUAAAGGUGGAAAAGAUAUGCAGACGUGACAGAUGUCUCACCAUCAGCUGCACCGGACGCUGGAGAGAGGGAGGAGGAGCACACAGGAAAACAAACUGCCUUUGAGGAAAAAGAGCGAACAAAGUGCUGGUUGCAGUCUCUCGGUGAGAAGAAAGCUGUAUGAGUAUAUCUGCAAUAAGCAGCACAGGACAUCUGGAGGUCAGGAAAUACAGCCGCGUGAAUUAGACGGACAGGAGGACAAUCCAUUAAGAAGAACAGCUUCUGAGCCUAUCCUGAAGCUGCGAUCAAAGAGAAGUAUGACGGGGAGACAGAAUCCAUUGCAGCGUAAAACCAGCGCGCCCCCUGCUGUCGGAGCUCCAGACUCCAUGACGGUUUCUGCCAGUUCUGCUACAGUUUCAUCACUAGAUAAUCAAAUGAAUCGCCAAGAGCUGAUUCAAACCACAACCUACAGUGCAUCAUCAGACAAGGAAGAGUCUCCUCUACACAUCGGUAUUCAGAACCCCGUCCUCUGGCCUGCAUAUGCUGCCACUUCUUACAAUCCUCAGGUCUUCACUGUUUAUCCACAUAUUUUCACAGUUACUGGGCAGCAGUGGUCACCGAUGCCUCAUAGACCUUUAAUCAAAACCCAGUCAGCACCUUCUUAUAUACAGCAAUACACACAUAUUCACACUCCGACUUAUACACUGGUACAACCGAUGUACCAACAACAGUGGCCACAAGAGACAUUCCAGCAACACACCCUUCCAGAAAAGGUUUCAGUUCACCCAGCGUGGGCUGAGUCUCCUGGAGAUCUGGUAAGGUUCAGAAAGAGAGCAAGUGAGGAAUUACGUAUUUCAUCUCAAUCACCGCUUGAAAGCUGUAAUCGACUGGGAGUUCAGCAGAGAGAAACCUUGGAAUGGAGACACAAAAUAUUCCACCCGCAGGUUUCACGUGUGCGUUCUUCUCCAGACACCUUUGACACACAUCUGUCUUCACAUUCAGCCUCAGCUCUGGACAUGAGAAAACCAAGCUACACCACAGGCUUGGUGUAUGACCCUCAGAUGAUGAAACAGAGGUGUGACUGUAGAGACAGCAGCUGUGGUCUUCAUGAAGCUGACCGAGUUAUAAGUAUCUGGUCAAGACUGCAGAAGUGUGGCCUUAGGAGUCAGUGUAAGCUGCUUAAAGGCAGGUCAGCCACUGUCGAGGAGCUACUCUCAGUUCAUUCAGAGGAACUUGUUUGUUUUUACACUGGGCCAGAACCAUAUCAAAGUCAAACAGACAUUGGCACGAUGUGGAAGAAUCCCAGCUAUGCAGCAGCACUGAAGAUGGCUGUUGGCAGUGUGACAGAGCUGGCGCUGUGUGUGGCCAGAGGAGACCUGAGGAAUGGCUUUGCUGUAGUCACACCUCCAGGACACCAUGCAUCACGUUCUCAAACACUUGGCUCCAGUGUUUUUAAUUCUGUGGCCAUUGCUGCUAAACAGCUUCAGGAACAAUUGAAGGUUAAAAAGAUCCUUAUUGUAGAUUGGGAUGUUCAUCAUGGCAGUGGAACUGAGACGGCAUUCUACACAGAUCCCAGUGUCCUCUACAUUUCUCUGCAUCGCUACGAUGAUGGCUUAUUUUUCAAUCGCACUGGAGAUCCCACCAGGGUAGGAUGUGAUGCAGGAAAAGGCUAUAAUGUAAAUGUGGCCUGGUCGGGAGGAUUAAGACCUCCAAUGGGAGACGCCGAAUACCUCGCUGCGUUCAGAACGGUAGUCAUGCCAAUUGCUCAUGAGUUUUCCCCAAAUGUGGUCCUGGUUUCAGCUGGUUUUAAUGCUACAGAGGGUCAUCCAGCUGCUAUGGGAGGAUACAGAGUCUCCCCUAAAUGUUUUGGAUGGUUGACGCAGAAGUUAAUGGAGCUUGCUGAAGGUCGAGUGGUGCUGGUGUUAGAGGGAGGUUAUGAGCUUGGCUCUCUCUGCGAUGCGUCCCAAGCCUGUGUCAGUGCUCUUCUAGGAAAUGAGCCUGAGCCUUUAUCUGAGGAGGAGUUACUGAGAUGUCCCUGUGCUAAUGCAGUCUGUUCUCUGGAGAAAGUGCUGCAUGUUCAGAGUUUGUACUGGCGUUCAGUGCAGUCCAUGCUGAAUACUGUGUCUCUGUCCUAUGUUAAAGCUGAGAGGAGAGUCUCGGCAGGCACUGAAGCUGCUUUAGUGCUGAGUGGCCUCAAUAUGACUGUUCCACACAGAAGACAGUUCCCUAAUGAGCCAGUGGAGGACGAUGAAACUCAUUCGACAGUUUCCUCUUCUAGAAGAACCAUUUUCUUUCAAAGCAGAAGCUGAUCAAGAAUCUGUUGUGAGAUGAAGGAAAUGAAGGAAACAAUCCAAAACAAGAGCACUUCUCAGAUCACAUGACUGAUUCACUCAAAGGCGGAGUCAUUUUUGAGGAGUUGUUUUUUCUUAAUUUCAGCUUGCGCAUGACAGAAAUCAAACUAGCAUAGUACAAACAGGAAGUGAACAUUUAUGAGGAAUGCGUUUUAAAGGGUCUUAUUCAGGAUAUUUGAGUCAGUCCUUUAUUUUGUUUGUUGGAAAAAAACAGAACAAGAAAAACUUACAACGUGGAUUUUUUGCUGGUUUUUAAGCUUUGGGUUCACUAAAUAAUCUGGCAGCAAUGCAGCAUGGUUUUCAGAAAGCGUUCAACAUUCACAGUAAUUUAUGUUUCUUGAGUAUCAAAUCAAAUUCUGAAUGAUCAGGUGAUGCUGAACACUGGAAUAAUAACCCUGAAAGAACAUGGGAAUUCAUUUAAUUGUAAUAUAAAUCAUUUUUUUUUUUUCAAAUAAAUUUUCACAUUUUUUUUUUACAAUAUAUUAAUAUUCAAUUCAAUUCAUCUUCAUUUCUAAAGCCCUUUUACAAUGUAGAUUGUGUCAAAGCAGCUUAACAUUAACAAAUGUAUAAUUAACAUAAUAAAUGAUGUCAAUAUUUUUACUGAUUGACACCCCAGCUUUUCACCCCAGUGGUUUGAACAGCAGAGUAAGCUUCUCCUGGUGAAAUAUGAACUCAUAAACAUCCACAGUUAUCAGCAUCUGUUAGUGUUUUGCUCAAGUCUAGGAAAUGACUAAUAGUCUUCUGCCAUUUUUAAAUUCCAUUUGAAACUAUAAAAGCAUCUGAAAUUGCACUUUAUGUUUGAUUACUUUUUAAAAGAAGAACAUACUGAGACAUUUUACUGUUAAUAUGGGAUAAAUAUCCUUUUUAAUGAAUAUCUAAGGCAGCUAUACUUGAAUGUUAGCUAUUUUUAUAGCAGGCAUUAAAAUGAGAUUUGCUAUCCGCUUUUACAUUUCUGAGAAUGCUGUCUUUUUUAUUACCAAAUUGCUGUACCAUUACACAAAGCUUUUAGUUUUGUAUUUUUU